AUGGUGCCACAUUGGUUUCUCCUUUUAACCACGGUCACAUCAUUCGUCACAUGUAGUGCUUAUUCCUGGCCUACUAGCUCGAACAACAAUUCACUAUCCAGACACAAGCGAUUUUUAUUGUUUCCCAUAAAUGCCCAACUAUUGUUCACCAUUUCCGGGGGAAAGGGUCUCCUCUUCAAAGGCCCAGGAGGAUACAACGUGAUUACUGAAUUGGACAUGUAUCAUCCUCUUCCCGACUACCGGUAUCGAAUUUCUUCGUUGAGAUUAAGUGAAAUCGCUAUGCUACCGAAUGCACCGCCAUUUUCUUCCCCACCAGCACCACCGUCACCGGUGGCGUUUCCGAUGGAUAUGCACCCGGAUGGAUCGGAACUGUCCUCGAUGGAGGUUCAACAGUAUCUUAAAGAUCAUCCCGAGACGUGGAUUCCUCCGGGUUACGGUCAAGACCGGUCCGAUUGGUCUUCGGUGCAGGAGAAUUACAAUCGAUUCGACUAUGAGACUGAUAGACAAAGAUGGAUUGAUGAACGAGUUGAUUAUGGCAAGCUAGAAACGGAUGAUCCGUUCAACAUUAGUCACCAUCGUGAUUGGGAACAUUUCUAUCACUAUCGGGAACGGCGGGAACUGUACCACUCUUUAGAGACGGAGAUUGGGGAAAGAAUCGAUUUUCCGAUGAAAUCAUGCAUUCUGAGGUCGAUUUGUGAAGUACGCGCGUUCUUGUUACCGCCUGGAAGAUCGAUGAUCAUGGACAUUGUUCGAAUCGUUUUCAGAGUGCCCUUGAAGGAAGAGCUACAGGAUGAGUACAGUGCCGCUAUGAGGGAAAAUAAUCGGGAUUGUCAUAAGUUAUACGGGGAAAAGUGUCCUAUAAGUAUUGUUUACUUACUGUUAUUUGGGAAAUUUGUUAGAUGA